AUGUAUAACUAUCCUAAAAAUGGCAUCCAGUGGUCUGUUCCUGCUGAAAGAGAGGAUUAUGGCAGGUACUAUAACUCCAAAGGUCUUCCUGUAGUGGGCUUCAAUGCAGGACAUGGGAAUGACAUUUACUACGAUCAUCCACGUUCUGGUGACGUAAUGGUCGUCGACAUCGACCAGAUAGAAGGAUUGAACGUCUUCAAAUCCCCUGACAGCCAAACCAUUCAAGCUACCGGGAAUGGAAUGCAAGGACGAGUAUUCAUUCGUCUUGAAGACUCACGAGGAGAAGAGGACCACAGGCUUAGAUGCGUGAACUGGUACUACCAGCAAGGAGAUGCUCGCGCAUUUACACAGUCAUUAGAACCAUGUCCUUGCAGUGUCUGGCAAGCAUGGAGAGAUAGAAGAUUUAGGUUUACCAUGUGGAGUUGGUUUUGGGGCGACCCUCACUUCGUCACACUGGACAGCAAGAACUACACGUUCAACGGUCUUGGAGAGUACGUCAUGCUGGAUGCAAAAGAUGGUUACUUUCAGCUACAAGCCCGAACGAGCCUUGCUAAAGGAAAUGGCACUGCUACCAUGUUUAGUGGAGCUGUAGCCAAAGAGAACAAUUCUGUUCCAGUUCAAGUUACCUUGCCGUAUGAUAAUGAAACGAUGGAAGUCCUCGUAGAUGGAAAACCUUUUGACUUCAAAAGCCUGACCAAUGAAUCUCAAGAUCUCGAUAACGGUUCUGUUACGGUCUCCAAGCCUAAGAAACAAUGCUUGGAGAUGAGCUUUCAUUCAGGAAUGUCAGUAACAAUAUGCGAAAAACAACACAUACUUUCCAUCGUCACUGCUGCUCCAGAGUCGUUCAAGAACAAGACAAAAGGUCUUCUUGGAACUUGGAAUGGAAAUGCAGAGGAUGAUUUUACUUUACCUAAUGGAACAGUACUGCCACACGAUAUGAAUGGCAAUGAUAUUCACUAUAAAUAUGGAAUGGCUUGGCAAGUUACCAAUGAAACCUCGCUAUUUACGUACAAAGAAGGUGAAAGCUCCGACACGUUCCUCAAUAAAAAGUUCCUUCCUAUGUUUGUAGAAGACUUGAAGUUUUACAAUGAUUCGCUGAAAAAAGAGGCAGUAGCGAAAUGUAACGUUGACACAAGUUGUUUGUUUGAUGCGGCAUCGAUUGGAGACGUAGAGAUAGGACUGAGUACCAAGCAGCUUGGAUCACAACUCGUCAAAGAUUCCAAGAAAAUGAGUAAGUUCAGUAAUUCUUACGAAAGCCAGAUUGAAUAGAGCCAGAUUUUCGGG